AGUAAAACACCAUUUUCCCCUAUCUUAUCUUUUUCAUUCACUCUUCCUCUCUCAUCUUUUUAGAUGAACUUUCUCCAUGUUUUUAGAAGAACGAAAAUGGAUGAAAAAGGAAGGGAAGAACAGAAGAAUGAAAGAGUGGGAGGAGAAAAUAGAAGAACCAAGGGAAGAAGAGCAUGGUGAUGAAUUUAGUCUCCCCCCUCUUUUUUGUUUUUUGUUACUUUGUUGCUCUGUAUUUCAGUUUUACUCUUUUUUUUGUUUUUGUCUAUCUGAUCAAUCAUGCCUAUUUUUGCUUUUGAUUUUGGAUUUAUGGAGUUUCGGACGAAUUGACUGUUUUUUAUUUUGUCACUAUUUGUCAUAAUCAAUAUUGUUUUCUCUUCUCUCUUUCCCUUUCGGUUUCUCCCUUCCUUUUUUGAAUUUUUUGCUCCAUCUUCCCUUACUCUAUCUGACACAAAACAAUAGAAAGGAGCCAAUCUAUCUCCUCUUCCCUCUCUUUAUAUUAUUUGUUCAAUCAUCUCUCAUCCCUCCCUCUCUCACGUACUUAUUUCCUCCAUCUUAGUUUUCCAUAAACUAUUCUCCCUUUCCAUUCUCUCUUUAUCACAAUCCUCCAUCUUUCUCUAUCACACAGACGAGAAGGAAGAAGAUGGAAAAAAAGAGGAUGAUUUCAUUGGUUUUAGAUCCCACAUGCAAAUCACAUACAAUUGAUGGUUAGACUAGUUGUAGGUUCGUUUAUGGGUGGGUCGUCGAGCUUCUCCACGGGUGGCUUCGCAGGCAAUUGUCAUGGCAGAGUAAACAUGGCCUGCUGCUGGUGGUGGACAAUUAUCUACAUGCGUCUAAGAGGUCGGGUAAGGAGGAGCUGUUGCAGGUGUACCUUUCAGAAGGCAAUAAAGGUGAUGGGCAAGCCACUACUCUCUAAUUUGACUGGGCCAGCCGCAAGGUGGUACAUGCAGCUCGAAAGCUCGAAGGUUAAAAGGUGGCAAGAUCUUGCUGAUGCAUUCAUGAAACACUAUAAGCACAAUCAAGAUUUCGCCCCAGAUAGAGAAGAUACGCACCAUGGAAAAGAAAGAGGAGGAGUCCUUCCGAGAGUAUGCCCAAAGGUGCGAGGAAAGGCUGCGGACGUCUAGCCCCCUUUGUCUGAAAAAGAAAUGAUCUCUACCUUUUUUGAAACUCUGAAACCUUCGUAUUACAAUAACAUGAUCGGAAUCACUACAACAAAUUUUGCUGAUAUGUUAGUAAUUGGUGAACGAAUUGAAAAGGGAAUCAAACUAGGGAAGAUGGAGAGCGCAGAAACUUCACGAAAGGCAAGCCACACGCACACCCGAAGGAAGGAAGGGGAGGUCAAGUCAGCCCAUGGAGAGUCUUCAAAAAUAGGGAGAUGGAACAACUAACCUCAAUCCAUUCAAAUUCAUCCAUACAUAAAUAAUGUUACAGUUGUUACUCAACGCCCGAAUUAUGUUACUCAGCCACUAAACCAAAGUCAUUUGAUUUCCCUCAUACCAUCUGAGCCUAUGCAACCACCUUACCCAAAUUGGUAUAAGCCGGAUCAACAUUGUGCCUACCAUUCGGGAGUCCCAGGGCACUCAACCGAGGAUUGCAGAAC